CUAAGAGGUCCGGGCCUGGUUUGAGGCCUAGUCUGGGGCCCGGUCUGAGGCCUGGUCUGAGGCCUGGUUUGAAGCCUGGUUUGGGCCUGGUUCUGGGCCUGGUCUUGGGCCUGGUUCUGGGCCUGGUUCUGGGCCUGGUUCUAGGCCUGGUUUGAGGUUUGGUUUGAGGUUUGGUCUGAGUCAUGGCGGGGGUGAUGCUCUGCGAGCCCACCGAGCUCUACAACAUCCUCAACCAGCACCGCCGCUUCUCCAGGCUGUCCGAGCCCAACUACCUCAUCCUGCUGGAUGCCCGCACUCUUCGUGAGUACAAUCAAAGCCACAUUAUUACAGCACGCAGGAUUGAACAGGGCCCUUCAGGGGAGUAUCUGGUGCCAGAUUCAGAGGAACUGGCAUAUGUCAGAUACUGCGUGGUGUAUGACUGCAUAACCAGCUCUUUGGACUUCUAUGACCCUGAGGAAGAGGAAAAAGAGAAAGUAGCUGAGGAAAGAAAUGCUGCCCAACAUGCCAGAAGCUUACAGCAGUUCACCCGCCACCCGGUGCUUGUCCUGAAGGGAGGAUACAAACGUUUCUCAGUUUGCUAUCACUUUCUGAGGACUCAGAAGAUAUUGUGGAUGCCUCAGGAACUCGACGACUUCCAGCCGUACCCUGUAGAAAUACUGCCUGGAAAGUUAUACAUGGGCAAUUUCAGGCAGGCCUGCAACCAACAAAUUCAGAAACAUUUGAAGAUCAAAGCACAAGUCAACGUUUCUGAACAGCCUUCAAUGCUGUUGGCAGAAGAAGGCAAUUCCCUCCAUAUAUCUGUUCCAGAUUCACCUGAAGCAGAUCUUUUUUCUUCCUUUCCUACCAUUAGUCAUUUCAUUGACGCCCAGCUGGAUCUUGGAGCAGUGCUGGUGUUCUCUAGCCUGGGGAUAAGCCGGAGCAGCACAGCAAUCAUGGCCUAUCUUAUGCAUUCCCUCCAGUUUUCCCUGAAGAAAGCUUGGGACCACGUUCUGAAAUGCAAAACGAACAUGAGACCGCAGCGGUGCUUUGUGAAACAGCUUUCAGACUGGGAGGCUCAGAUCUAUGGGAGCACCAUCACUGAUGUCUCUGAACCCAAUUACUGAGCGCAGGGAAGGAGGCUGCUCUGCCUGCCCCAUCACCCGGCCUAGAGAACAUGCACUCAGCUCUAUUGGCAAGGCUAUUAAUGUAAUAGAACUGGCACCUCUGGGGGUGGUGACCCCCCUCCCUGCUCUUUGGAGAAGAAAUUGUUCCUCAUCUCCAACCUGAGCAUCCCCUGCUGCAACCUGAGGUUAUUCUCUCUUGUCCUACUAUAAAGGUUCACUGACCCAC